GAGAAAAAUAGAUAGGAAAGAUAGAGAACGAAAGCGAGAACUAAAGCAAAUAAAAAAAAAAGGAUUUAAGAGGAGGAAGAAAGUAGUCGCGCGUCGUUGUUGGGUAUCUCGUCGAACGAAAGCGCGCGUCCACGACGUCGUCGACGCCGAAGCCAAAUCCGAAAAGAAGGUGGAAAAAAAGGAUAAGGACGACGACGAGGAGGAAAAGAACGAAGAGCCGGCUAGUAAUACCGUACGGAUGUGAGGGUGCGCGCGUGGACGAGGUACCUUCUCUCGCGAGAGAGCGCGAGCGUGCCCGGUCUCGCUCGCGCGCACGCGUGUGCGUGUGUGUGCGCGUCGUCGUGAGUAACCUCUCGUCGUCGCCACCGCCGUCGCCACCGCUGCCUCUGCUGCCGGUUGUACCCGUAUCUUCCUUUCUCUCUCUCCCUCGUUGUCGUUGUCGUCCUCGUCGUCAUCGUCGUAGUCAUCGUACCCAUCGACGUAGUCCUCCUCCUCAUCGUAGUAGUAGUAGUCCUCUUCGUUGUUGGUGUACCGGCAGUCGUUGCUGGAUAAACUACGAAGGUACGAAGAGGAGAAGGUGGAGGUAGUGGAGGUGGAGGUGGAGGAGGAGUGAAGGAGGUGGGGGUGGAGGACGUAACGUAGGAGCCGCGUACGUGUACGCGCGUACGAAAUGUCGGAACACCACCGCGUAACCGGUGGCUGGGCUACGGCCAACCCUGGAAACCGCGAGGAUGGAUCUGGUGGUGCCCCUUGGUGGCCUUCUGGCAUGAACGCCGUUUCUGCUGCAGAACAGCAAGCACAACAGCAGCAGCAAGCACAACAGCAACAACAAAACCUUCAUCAGCAUCUGCUGAAUCAACAACAGCAGCUUAAUCAACAACAGCAACAGCAAGCACAGCAGCAACAACAGCAACAGCAACACCAUCAGCAACAGCAGCACCAACAACAGCAGGACAUAGUCAGGAGUACUGCGGCGGGGACACAGCAGCUUUUCUCCUACAAAAUGGCAUCCAGCUUUCAGAAUCCGGCAACGACCGGUACGCAGUCGAGCCCGGUCUCGACGUCAACGCCUGUUGGCUCCUGCAUGAGGGGUGGAUACGACUUCAGACUAGGCAACGCUCCCGGAUCGGGCGGCGGUGGCGUACCUGGCACUCCGUCCGCGCCACCGCCCGGCGUACAGUGGUGGUAUACUACAGGCGGUGUUAUGGACGCGGCCGCACAGAACAACCUCCAUCAACAGUUGCAGUCGCAGCAGCAACAGCAUCUAUCCUCGAUUACCACGCAAACAUCUACACCCCCCGUCAUGUCGCCGCAUCAAAUACAGCAGUUACCGCAGCAGAAUAAUUUGCAACAAAAUAACGCUCAAGGACUGCAACGGGACAACAUGCCUAGAGGAAAGGAUUCCAAGCCUAGGGGACGAAUGACCGCAUACGCGUUCUUCGUUCAAACCUGUCGACAGGAACACAAGAAGAAACAUCCUGAAGAAAAAAUCAUAUUUCGUGAAUUUUCAAAGAGAUGCGCGAAUAGGUGGAAGACAAUGUCAGACAAAGAAAAGAAACGUUUUCACGAAAUGGCAGAAAAAGAUAAGAAAAGAUACGACGCGGAGAUGCAAAAUUAUACGCCUCCUAAAGGAGAAAAGGGCAGAGGAAGGAAACGUAAACAUAUUAAAGAUCACAAUGCACCUAAACGAUCACUAUCUGCCUUCUUUUUGUUCUGUAACGAUGAACGUGGUAAAGUGAAAAUGUUGAAUCCUGAAUAUGGUGUAGGAGAUAUUGCUAAGGAAUUAGGUAAAAAAUGGUCGGACGUAGAUCCCGAAACCAAAUCUAAAUAUGAGGCUAUGGCAGAAGAGGAUAAAGCUCGAUAUGAAAGAGAAAUGACAGCAUACAAAAAGAAAAUGAAAGACGGUGUACCAGUGGUUGUAGAAGCGCCACCUGCAAAUACUGUAAAAAGCGACAGUGAAGAAGAAUGGAAGGAAGACGAUGAAUAGCGGCUGCAUGAUAAAAUGUCAUCUAUCACCCCGUGUCCUUGAUCCUAAAAGCAUACCUCACCUACUGUACGUACCAUUGACCUUAGCGUGAGUGUACUUACACCACUAGGAGAACAAAUAACUAACCAUGAGUCCCCAAUUAUUUACAUAAUAAUUGAAAAUACACGCGUUUAUAAUAAUUAUUUUAAAACUUGUGUGCAUGCGCUAUGUGAAAGGAGAUCGUAUGAAUGACAUUUGUAUUUUAACAUAUUGAUUAGCAACAUGUAAAGUGUCAUAGCAUAGAGAAGUGAAAAAAGAUGGUGCCCACUUACUGUGUGAGAUGGAAGGCGCAGGGGCUCAAUCAUUGUUGACUUUGUCUCCACAUCAUGUUAAAAGCUAAUUUAGUUAGUAAUGACAAGAAAAAAGAAAAAUAAGAUUCACUAGCCUCGUUGUUAACAAAAAAAAAACUCUAAUGGUUUUGUGAAAUUUAUCAGUUCAGUUCAUUUGCUGCCAGAAUAUAAGAAGAGACUAAUGUUGUAUAUCCUUGUACAGAACGUUUCUUUAAAUCAAAUUUCUCUCAGGUAGGGCAUGGGGCUGCUUUGUAUGAGUGUAAUUGAUUUUUAUAUAUGUCAAGAAUAUAGCUGUAAGUAAUUAGAAUAAGUAUACUUAAACACAACGUCGAUAUCGUACAUUCACAUCAACGUGUGAUAGUUUUCACUAAUGGUGGAUACUAAAGCCACGUGAUUGAGCCUUGUAGUUUAUAAGCAAUUUGAAUCGAGAUAAAACAUGUAGUUCACAGCUUUUACAAAUCAAAAUUAGGACAGUAUAUUCCGACAGUCGUCCUAUAACUUACAGAGAGGGUGCUGCUCGUUGUUGCAUGCACAAAAAGUCGAAAUUUUAUUUACGUGACCGUGCUGCAACCACCAACACCGCGAUUUAUCGAGAAAGGAUUACACAACAUAACACAACACAGGAUAGAGACAAAAAAACCCUAAUUUUACUUUGUAUAGUGACUUUGAUCAUUAAGUUUUACUAUAAAACAAGAAAUAUGUAAAGAUGAUUUAUGUUUUUUAUUCAUUUUGAUGAGAACCUUCUUCGUAAAUGGCAGUUGUUUAAGUAGACAAAUAUUGUAAUUUUUAUUUUAUUUUAUUAUCAUUCUUUUUUUUUCCUAAUGCGUAGAAGUGGUCCCCCUGCCCUUACCAUCGUCAUCCUCCCUCUCAUAUUCAUUAUGUCAAUAAAGGAAAUACUUAAAUCCUAUCCAAACCAUUUUAAUUCCUUUAAUUGUUCGAGAAAGCAAAGUUAAGAAGCGGGCGUGUUUUGUACUGCCUUGAGUCGUCAUCUGGUGUACUGCAGGCUGUAUUAUAAUAAAUUAUUGUGGUUUCUUGUAAUGUUAACAUUCCUAGAACUUAGUAUGUACAGAUCCUUAUCAUUGAAAUUAGUGCAAACUAUGAUGUGGCACACAGAUGAAAUAGGUCUGGUCACUUGUUUUGUGAAUUUGUUAACCAGAUCAAAUAAGUGAAGUGAAUAUAUAAAAAAAAAGAAAGAAAAGAAAAAAAAAUAAUACAACUUUAAGAAAAAAAAAAGGCUUUCCUACAGUCAGACUGACUUGCACCUUGAUUUGGCUCAGCAGUUAGCCAUCAUUUUUCUCAACAUAAAAAAAAAAGUAAAGCUCUUCAUCUUCCCCCCUGAUACAUUGUCAUGUAAUGAAUAAUUGUAUGAUUAUAUGAACAAAAACCUGUUUUAGAGGGAGCUAGAGGAUGAAUACUGUAAAAUAUAAAAUUGUAAUAUUUUAAUACUGAUUUGCAGAUGUGCAUAAUUUUAACAUAGCUGGUUAAAGUGAAUUGUACUGAUUCAGAGGUAUCCAUUUGAUGGAAAUUAAUAAAAACAAAUAUUGAAAAUCAUGACAGAAUUUUCUUGUCUUAUUACAAAAGAAUGAUAUAAUUAUAAACUAAACUAAACUAAACUAAACUAAACUAAACUGAACUAAACUAUAAACUUAAAAAAAAUACAAACAAAAAAAAAUACACAAAACAAACAAAAAAUAUGUUUCUUUUGUAUAUCUCUUAGGGAUAAAUAAACUUUGCAAAAAAAAGAAAACAAAAGAAAAAAAAACAUUGAAUCGCUUUUGGUACUGACGCUUAAUAACCUAAUUAUAGUCUAUGUAAAUCGUUGUACGUGUAAAUCAUUUAUUAAAACUGCGUUUAAUGAUUACCUAAACGUUUUAUGCAAAUAUAAUAAGCGUAUAAGUCCAUUAUAGGCGAAAAAAGGAAAAAAAAAGAAAGAUAGAAAGAAAAACAGUCCGUGUUAAGAAAACUUACUUAAACAUUAUAUAUUGUAUUAUAAAGUGAGUAAACCGUUUUUACUCAAAAGCAUCGUACAUAAUUAAAGGUAUUAUUUGGCCAUAAAAUAAUGGGAUAUAUAAUAAUACUUAAUGAUACAGUCAAUCAAAAAAAAAAAAAAAAAAAAA